GUAGCAGCUGCUGAACUGCCAUACGGAAUUGCAAAGUUCAGCGACAUACCUGACAAUGGGACUCCUCAACCACCGCCAUAUACUUUACCAACUAGCCCAUCUGAUGGAUCAGCAUCUAUCACCAAGAUUAUCCACCCUCAGCAAGAGUCUUUCUAUUCAGCCCUCAGGUGGGUUCUAACCAGGCGAGAUCAGAUUGUGAAUCAGAUGACAGAGGCUUGUCUCAACCAGUGCCUGGACUCACUCAUAUCAAACAUGAUCAUCCUAAAAGAGGACUACGAGCUGGUAAGAUCAGAACGAACAAGGAGUGCAAAGGUUCGAAGGCUCAUCGACACAUGUGACAUGCAAGGAGAGCUAUUUGCAAGGAUUAUUGUGCAAAAGUUGAAAGAAAACCGACAAAAUGACCUUCAACCUUUUCCAGAGUUUUGGCAGGAUGGUUAG